AAACUUUUGGCACCCACCGCCUCGAGCCGCGCAUCUGCGCUCCGCGGGGCGCGGGAGCCGUCAGGAGGAGGGGCGGAGGAGGGGCAGCACGCCGGCCCCGCCCGGCCCAGCCCUGCCCGGACCGCGCGGAACCGCGGGACGCGAUCACUAUGCAGAGCGGAGGCUCCGCGCAGCAGACCCCGCGCGCCGCCUGCUCCGGGUGCUGAAGGUGCGGGGACACGGCCAGGCGCCGCGGAGCCAGCAGAGCCGGGAGCGCGAGCGCGUCCGCGUCCACGCAGCCGCCGGCCGGCGAGACCCAAGGCUCCCUGCAUGCUAGGACGUUGGAGGUGGCAGCGAGACAUGCAACCGGCCCGGAAGCUCCUCAGCCUCCUCUUCCUCAUCCUGAUGGGCACUGAACUCACUCAAGUGUUGCCCACCAACCCUGAGGAGAGCUGGCAGGUGUACAGCUCUGCCCAGGACAGCGAGGGCAGGUGUAUCUGCACAGUGGUCGCUCCCCAGCAGACCAUGUGUUCACGAGAUGCCCGCACGAAACAGCUGAGGCAGCUCCUGGAGAAGGUGCAAAACAUGUCUCAAUCCAUAGAGGUCCUGGACAGGCGGACUCAGAGAGACUUGCAGUACGUGGAGAAGAUGGAGAACCAAAUGAAGGGCCUGGAAUCCAAGUUCAAGCAGGUGGAGGAGAGCCAUAAGCAACACCUGGCCAGGCAGUUCAAGGCGAUAAAAGCGAAAAUGGAUGAACUUAGGCCUUUGAUACCUGUGUUGGAAGAGUACAAGGCCGAUGCCAAAUUGGUAUUGCAGUUUAAAGAGGAGGCCCAGAAUCUGACGUCAGUGCUUAACGAGCUGCAAGAGGAAAUUGGCGCCUAUGACUACGAUGAACUUCAGAGCAGAGUGUCCAAUCUUGAAGAAAGGCUCCGUGCAUGCAUGCAAAAACUAGCAUGUGGCAAGUUGACGGGCAUAAGUGACCCUGUGACCAUCAAGACCUCCGGCUCGAGGUUCGGGUCCUGGAUGACGGACCCUCUGGCCCCAGAAGGUGAUAACAGGGUUUGGUACAUGGACGGCUACCACAAUAACCGCUUUGUCCGCGAGUACAAAUCCAUGAUCGACUUCAUGACCACGGACAAUUUCACGUCCCACCGCCUCCCGCACCCCUGGUCGGGCACGGGGCAGGUGGUCUACAACGGCUCCAUCUACUUCAACAAGUUCCAGAGCCACAUCGUCAUCAGGUUCGACCUGAAGACGGAGACGAUCCUCAAGACGCGCAGCCUGGACUACGCCGGCUACAACAACAUGUACCACUACGCCUGGGGCGGCCACUCGGACAUCGACCUCAUGGUGGACGAGAACGGGCUGUGGGCCGUCUACGCCACCAACCAGAACGCCGGCAACAUCGUCAUCAGCAAGCUGGACCCCGUCUCCCUGCAGGUGCUGCAGACCUGGAACACCAGCUACCCCAAGCGCAGCGCGGGGGAGGCCUUCAUCAUCUGCGGGACCCUCUACGUCACCAACGGCUACUCGGGGGGCACCAAGGUCCACUACGCCUACCAGACCAACGCCUCGACCUACGAGUACAUCGAUAUCCCCUUCCAGAACAAGUACUCCCACAUCUCCAUGCUGGACUACAACCCCAAGGACCGCGCCCUCUACGCGUGGAACAACGGCCACCAGAUCCUCUACAAUGUCACCCUCUUCCACGUCAUCCGGUCCGACGAGUUGUAGCUGCCUCUGCCUGGAAGCCGAGGGUCCACGGCCUCACCCACGUGGAAAUUCCUGUGAAACAGCUGCCAAAAUAAUGUUACUGAUACUAACAAUACUAAUUUUGACAAAUCAUCAGCAGUGUGGAUUCCGGCGUCGCGGGUUGGCGUUACCUCCAUGUUUCUCCAGGUCAAGCCGGAGGGUUACACGCUUGGGAAGAAACCCCCAUAUUUGCAGCUGGAACUGCAGCCCAGGGCUCCUGGUUCUCCUCCCGCCCCUGCCCUGGUCCCCUUUCUGGUCAAAUAAUAAUAUACCAACGAAGGAAGGCGAUGACUGUUGGCCAACUCUCGCCUGAGAACAAUCCACUGUUAGGAUCGCAUGGACAUUUCCUUAGGUCGUGGUCGCUCCCAUGGACGUGAUUGCUGUGUCUCAUCGAGAGCCCCCAGGCCGCGCACGGCGUGCGGAGGGUUCAUCGUAGGCUAGUUUAACUCGCAUCCCAUCACAGCUGCUGUUUCUCGACCGUGUGUUGUGUCUUACAUUAACUGUCCUGAGACUCCAAGUAGCCCAUAGACCUGUGUCUAGUCCCUGCGGAGGAUGGUUGGAGCGUGUGGAGCAGACAGGGGCGGUACCCACGUCGUUCGAAUCCGCAUCCCCCGUAGAUAUAUCGUGCAGCGUCUUUCUUGUUCCCUUGAGGUGGUAACUCUGUGUGUUCAGUUUAUGCAAUGGAUGUUGUAGAUGCAAUGCCGUAGUUUGGAUUAAUAAGUGGAUGGUUUUGUUUCUAAAAAGAAAAAAAUAUAUCAGUGUUUGCCCUUAUAGAGAGAUAAUCAAGUUCGUGUUGAUAAUAGUCAAAGGAAUUAUUCUCUUCUUGUUAAAUUACCUAAAUAAUGUAACCACAGUUGAGAAGGGCUUAUCUAGGGAAACUUCAGUUUCCAGUGGGAAAGGAAUGUUCCUGAGGGCCACAGUGCGUGGAAAGUACAUUUUUUAAGUAAAAAAGAGGGAAACUUUGUACUAUCCAGUUAUCUAAGGAACAAUAAAAAUAUUAGGAGAUG